CUUUCCACGUCCCUAGACUCGGUCAGCUGCCCAGUCCCUUUUCGCCUGAGGCGCUCCUGUCCCCUGGGAACUGCGGCCGCCCCCUCGUAGCCGGUGCCCUCUGCCCCCAACCCGCGCUGCAGGGAAUAGCGGGGCUAAGGGGAGCCAUGGAGAUCUGAACCGAAAGGAACCUUGGAGGACGAAUCAUUUCGCCUCCUAGGGACUUGCUCUUGAUUUCUUUGCGGGUAGCUGGCUUCUGCAGAAACCCAAGAUGAAAGUCCUCUCCUCCCCAAGUGCUCCAGGCGCCAUCCGGCGCUUUGUGUGUCUACGGCAGAGGAGGAAAGGGCGAGAGGCGAGAGAGUGGGUGCGGGGAACCGGGUGGACAGCUUCGCCUGCAAUGCGUUGGGCCUGAGGAGGUCAGUGCUGAAUUCAACAGUUCCCAGAAGCCGGUCCAGCCAUGGCGACUCCGUCCGCUGCCUUCGAGGCCCUUAUGAAUGGAGUGACAAGCUGGGAUGUCCCCGAAGAUGCCAUCCCGUGCGAACUGCUUCUUAUCGGAGAAGCCUCCUUCCCGGUGAUGGUGAACGACAUGGGCCAGGUCCUCAUCGCGGCCUCCUCCUAUGGCCGAGGCCGCCUGGUGGUGGUGUCCCACGAGGACUACUUGGUGGAGGCCCAGCUCACUCCCUUUCUCCUCAACGCAGUGGGUUGGCUUUGCUCUUCCCCCGGGGCUCCUGUGGGUGUGCACCCCUCCCUUGCACCUCUGGCCAAAAUCCUGGAGGGCUCUGGAGUGGAGGCGAAGGUUGAGCCGGAAGUGAAAGACUCCCUGGGAGUUUACUGCAUUGAUGCCUACAAUGAAACCAUGACUGAGAAGUUGGUCAAGUUCGUGAAACAUGGAGGAGGCUUGCUCAUUGGAGGCCAAGCCUGGGAUUGGGCCAACCAGGGCGAUGAUGAAAGGGUUCUGUUCACGUUCCCAGGGAACCUCGUGACCAGUGUGGCCGGUGUAUACUUCACCGACAACAAAGGGGACACAAGCUUCUUUAAAGUCUCUAAGAAGAUGCCCAAGAUCCCAGUCUUGGUGAGUUGUGAGGAUGAUCUCUCCGAGGACAGAGAUGAGCUCCUGCAUGGGAUUUCCGAGCUGGACAUCACCAAUUCGGACUGUUUCCCAUCCCAGCUGCUGGUGCAUGGGGCUUUAGCCUUUCCCCUGGGGCUAGAUUCCUACCACGGCUGUGUCAUAGCGGCUGCCCGCUAUGGCCGGGGCCGGGUGGUCGUGACCGGCCACAAGGUCCUGUUCACCGUGGGUAAACUGGGCCCAUUCUUGCUCAACGCCGUCCGCUGGCUGGACGCGGGCCGCAGAGGCAAGAUCGUGGUGCACACGGAACUGAGGACUCUGAGUGGGCUGCUCGCCGUGGGGGGCAUAGACACCAGCAUUGAGCCCAAUCUGACCAGCGACGCCAGUGUCUAUUGCUUUGAGCCCGUGAGUGACGCAGGAGUCAAGGAGCUGCAGGAGUUUGUAGCCGAGGGCGGGGGCCUGUUUGUCGGAGCCCAGGCCUGGUGGUGGGCCUUCAAGAACCCAGGCGUGUCCCCGUUGGCGCGGUUCCCAGGAAACCUCCUCCUCAACCCCUUUGGCAUUAGCAUCACCAGCCAAAGCCUCAACCCGGGGCCCUUUCGUACUCCCAAGGCGGGGAUAAGGACCUACCACUUCCGCUCCACCCUGGCUGAGUUCCAGGUUAUCAUGGGCAGGAAGAGAGGGAACGUGGAGAAGGGCUGGUUGGCCAAGCUGGGUCCUGACGGCGCGGCUUUUCUGCAAAUCCCCGCUGAGGAGAUCCCCGCCUACAUGUCGGUGCACCGGCUCCUAAGGAAGCUGCUGAGUCGCUAUCGGCUCCCGGUGGCGACCCGUGAGAACCCCGUCAUCAACGACUGCUGCCGGGGUGCCAUGCUCUCCCUGGCCACGGGGCUGGCUCACUCGGGAAGCGACCUCUCUCUGUUAGUCCCCGAAAUUGAAGACAUGUACAGCAGCCCCUAUCUGCGCCCCUUGGAAUCUCCCAUCACCGUGGAGGUCAACUGCAACAACCCGGGCACCAGGUACUGCUGGAUGAGUACCGGGCUCUACAUACCCGGAAGGCAAAUUAUUGAGGUCUCCCUGCCUGAAUCCGCCGCCUCUGCUGACCUGAAGAUACAGAUUGGCUGCCACACCGAUGACCUGACCAGGGCCAGCAAGCUGUUCCGAGGCCCCCUGGUGAUUAACCGCUGCUGCCUGGACAAGCCCACCAAGUCCAUCACCUGCCUGUGGGGGGGCCUCCUGUACAUCAUUGUGCCUCAGAGCAGCAAGCUGGGCACCGUGCCCGUCACGGUUAAGGGAGCUGUGCAUGCUCCCUACUACAAGCUCGGGGAGACAACCCAGGAGGAGUGGAAGCGGCAGAUCCAGGAGAACCCAGGUCCCUGGGGAGAGCUGGCCACGGACAACAUCAUCCUGACGGUGCCAACUGCGAACCUCCGCACGCUGGAGAACCCCGAGCCCCUGCUUCGCCUCUGGGACGAGGUGAUGCAGGCCGUGGCCCGGCUGGGGGCCGAGCCCUUCCCACUGCGUCUGCCUCAGAGGAUCGUUGCCGACGUGCAGAUCUCAGUUGGCUGGAUGCACGCAGGCUACCCCAUCAUGUGCCACCUGGAGUCGGUGCAGGAGCUCAUCAAUGAGAAACUCAUCAGAACCAAGGGCCUCUGGGGCCCCGUGCACGAGCUGGGCCGCAACCAGCAGCGGCAAGAGUGGGAGUUCCCCCCGCACACCACCGAGGCCACCUGCAACCUGUGGUGUGUCUACGUGCAUGAGACGGUCCUGGGCAUCCCUCGAGGACGAGCCAACAUUGCUCUGUGGCCCCCGGUUCGGGAGAAGAGAGUCCGAAUUUACCUGGGCAAGGGUCCCAACGUGAAAAACUGGAAUGCCUGGACGGCCCUGGAGACGUACUUACAGCUCCAGGAGGCCUUUGGGUGGGAGCCGUUCAUCCGUCUCUUCACCGAGUACAGGAACCAGACCAACUUGCCCACAGACAACGUCGACAAGAUGAAUCUGUGGGUGAAAAUGUUCUCCCACCAAGUGCAAAAGAAUCUGGCUCCGUUCUUUGAGGCCUGGGCCUGGCCGAUCCAGAAGGAAGUGGCAACCAGCCUGGCCUAUCUGCCUGAAUGGAAGGAAAAUAUAAUGAAAUUGUACCUCCUCACACAGAUGCCCCACUGAAACUGAAGUCAAGAAACAUAAAAGAGAAUUGACUCAUCUCAGCAAAGAAAACUGAAGGAAUUUGGUUGUAAGUGAAGAAGAUCUCAACACAUUCCUGGAAGAGAGAAAGUGGAAGACACAAUAAUGAAAGAGUACAGCUCCUUGCAGGCAGAAUAUAAGCUGAUCUGGACACAUAACCCCAAAGAGACUUGGGUACCUGAAAAGUCUAUUUACUCAAGAAUUAUGUCCGUUGUGAAAUUGACCACCCCCCCCCCCAAUUCUACCCCAACCUCUGUGCACAGAACACAGGCAACCUACCAUUGGUUUCAAGUCUGUUGUCAUUGUGGUGGUUCUGUUGGUGAUGUUUGUGUAAAGGAAACAAAAGAACUGCUUGAGGAGAGGUAGGAGUCGGUGCUCCAAAGUAAAUUUCUCUUUUAUGGAAAUAAAUGAGCCCCUAGCCUAUUAGCUAAUUCUCUGCUGACAGCCACGAUCCCUACUCAAGUAACCAGAUGCUUUCAAUCACAGAAAGACAUCCUGCAGAAGCAGACAGACCACACAACUGCCGAGGGAGCCCAAACAACUCUAUAAAACACUUGUCGUAUUGAUUCUUCAGUGAAAAUGGUCGGCUAGGAAUUCCCAGAUAUUGAGCCCUAGGGGGAGUGGUUGGGGAAGGGACCAGGAAAGCAGCAUGGAUUCAAGAGAUUUGAAAACUAUAACAAAUUCUGGGGGAAACAGAGUUAACAUGGGAAAAAUGACUUAAGAUAUCUGUAUCUUUGGAGAGAUGUGAGGUGCAUCUGUAAGGUUAAAAACAGGAUGCUACAAAAGAAAAACCUUGAAAAUAAGAACCCUCAAACUGAAAUAAGGCUGCCAAAAAUAUUUAGUAGACAGAUUCUAAGAUAAAAUUGAGGGAAUCUUCUCAGAUGUGGAGCAAAAGGAAAUAAGAAAUAUAAAGAGAGGGAGGAGAAAAGACAUAGACAAUCAGUAUCUAACUAUUAGGAGUGUCUAGAAGAGAGAACAUAGAAAAUGUUGUGAAGAAAAAAACAAUUGAACAGAAAUAACUAAGUCUCCAAAUUGAGAACACCCCCAUACAACCUACAUCUAGACACAAUCUUGUGAAAUUUUGGAAUAUUAAGGAUGGAGCAAAGAUAUUGGAAGUGCCAAGAGAAAAGAUAAAGUUAGGUCAUCAUGAUUAGCUCAACUAAAAAGGGAUGAGAAAUAGAUUGGGAGAUUUUUCACCAGCAACACAAUGAUAUAGGCCAAUAGAGGAAUGUCUUCACAUAUGGAAAAAUCUCUGUAGCCAAAAUUCCAUAGCAAGCCAAACGAAGGAAAUUUUCUGACAUGCAAGUUUUCAGAACAUCUACCUUCUUUGCACUUGGAAAGGAAGUUCUCUCUCACCUGCUAAGGAAGUUCUGCAGCAAAAUGAAGAUGAAAAUCAGGAAGGAGGAAGAAAUGGAAACCAGAAGACAGUGAACCUCACCCAGGAUGUCUCACUCCAGAGUGACCAUUAUCCAAAGGGAAGACUCAUUCUAGAGUGACCGUUGUCCAACAGGAAGACUCAUUCUAGAGUGACCGUCAUCCAACAGGAAGACUCACUCCAGAGUGACCGUCGUCCAACAGGAAGACUCACUCCAGAGUGACCGUCAUCCAACAGGAAGACUCACUCCAGAGUGACCAUCGUCCAACAGGAAGACUCACUCUAGAGUGACCGUCGUCCAACAGGAAGACUCACUCCAGAGUGACCGUCAUGCAACAGGAAGACUCACUCCAGAGUGACCAUGGUCGAACAGGAAGACUCACUCCAGAGUGACCGUCAUCCAACAGGAAGACUCACUCCAGAGUGACCGUUAUCCAACAGGAAGACUCACUCCAGAGUGACCAUCGUCCAACAGGAAGACUCACUCCAGAGUGACCGUCGUCCAACAGGAAGACUCACUCCAGAGUGACCGUCAUCCAACAGGAAGACUCACUCCAGAGUGACCGUCGUCCAACAGGAAGACUCACUCUAGAGUGACCGUCGUCCAACAGGAAGACUCACUCUAGAGUGACCGUUGUCCAACAGGAAGACUCACUCCAGAGUGAACAUCAUCCAACAGGAAGACUCACUCCAGAGUGACCAUCGUCCAACAGGAAGACUCACUCCAGAGUGACCGUCGUCCAACAGGAAGACUCACUCCAGAGUGACCGUCAUCCAACAGGAAGACUCACUCUAGAGUGACCACUAUCCCACAGGAAGACUCACUCCAGAGUGACCAUCGUCCGAGAGACCCAUUUCAGAUGAGAGUACAUGGUCUCAGACUCUCUGAUUCUGUGCCAUAGACAUUAUUCUUGAGAAGUUGGAAUGUUUGCGAAAUGGAGGAGAUGCAUUCUUUAACAAACACAAAGGAAAACAAAACAAAAACAUGUUAAAUUCAAGUCCAAUUAUGAAAUAAUGAUAACAAAAAUUACUCAUGGACUGUAAGAAGAGACUGGAUUUGUCAUUGGCGGUAGGUAUAUUUCAUUUCAAGUGACAUAGGAAUCAUGACAUUGGAUAUGUUUGGAAGAAAAUAUCCUAGCUUCUACAUUGUUGUUGUUUAGUUGAUAAGUCAUGUCCAACUCUUUGUGACCCCAUGGACUGUAGCCCGCCAAGCUCCUCUGUCCAUGGGAUUUCCCAGGCAAGAAUAUUGGAGUGGGUUUCCAUUUCCUUCUCCAGGGGAUCUUCCCAAUUCUGGGAUCAAACCCAGGUCUCCUGCAUUGGCAGGCGGAUUCUUUACUGCUGAGCCACCAACUCUCAGUAAACAGUAUUUACAAAGCCAAAAUAAUGUAGAUACUAUUUAUUGGUAUUCAGUGCUCUGAGCAGCCUAUAAACAAAACAUGAGAGGCCUAAUCUUUUAUCCAGAAAUGAAACUGAAAGUAACCUAUCUUAUAAAGGGAAAAAGAAAGCAGAAAGAGUUUGAGAAUUCAUUGAGGGAAGAGUGGUGGAGAGAAGUGUAGAAUUACUUGUCUAUUCAAAAUGGGGGUGGAAAGUCUACAGUUAAUGGGACAAGGACUAAAGGGUUAGUUACUGUUCAAAAUUAUAAAUUAAACCAAUAGAAGCAUUAAAAGUGACAUCUAUCAAAAAAUUGUGAAAGGAUAGGCAGAUGAAAAGUGGGAAUAGUGUAAGUUAAAUCCUUAUCUUUUGUAAUCGGGAAUUAUUAAAGAUUGUCUAAAGUUAAUAAGUCAAGAAAUUAUUGUUCAAACAUAUUAUUUAAUGUUAGGAAGUUAGUUAACAGAAUAUCUAAAAAUAGAAAUUGUUAAAUGCAUCACCUCUAGGGUAUGGGACUAGUAUUAAAAGGGUGGAGUGGGAAACAGUGUUUAUCGUUUUAAGUCCUUCUGUACUAUUUAAUUUUUUACCUUGUGCAUGUAUUACUCUGAGAAAUUUUUAAUAAACUCAAAUAAAAAUCCUU